UAUAAAUAUCAUGGAUAUGAGGGGUUGGGGUAUUAUCAUUGAUUACUAUUGAUUAUUGAUUGUAUGGAGUAUGGAUGGGUCUUAGGAUAGUCCCUAAAAUUGGGGCACAAUAAUAGGGGAUAUUAUAUGUAGUAUUUGAUGUCAAUAAAUAACUAAGAAUUAUAAAUUGAAUCUUAUUUCUACAAUGUCUGUUGUUACCCUACAACUCGGCCAGUGCGGGAAUCAAAUUGGUUUUGAAUUUUACGACUUGCUUUCUAAGUCGGCUAUGCAGCCUAAGCACGCACCAUCCUCAAGUGUCCAUGGUGUCAACUACUUCGACUUGGUAGCAGAGAGGUUUUUCUAUGUAAGUAAUGAAAAUGAGAUAUUUGCCAGAGCAGUUAUGGUAGAUAUGGAACAGAAGGUAAUUGGUCAAGCAUUUGUGGAUGCAAAACACCAUACAACAUGGAAUUACCACAAAGAUGCACAAGUUACUGGUAAAAAAGGUUCAGGUAAUAAUUGGGCACAGGGAUAUUGUCACCAUGGUCCAAAAUGCAUUGCUGAUGUCCUGGAUAAGGUUUCGAAAGAGGUUGAAAGAUGUGAUAGUUUAGGUGGAUUUUUAGCUCUGAUGAGUUUAGCAGGAGGGACUGGAUCAGGACUGGGUGCAUUUGUGACGACAGCUUUGAGAGAUGAGUACCCACAUGCUGCUAUUGUGAACAACGUCAUAUGGCCAUACACAACAGGAGAAGUCAUUGUUCAAAAUUACAAUGCUGUGUUGACAUUGUCCCAUCUUUAUUCCUCCUCUGAUGGAAUCAUUUUCAUGGAGAAUGAGAAGAUGCAGAUGAUUUGUACACAGCUACUAAAAAUCAAGAAUGUCUCUUUCAAAGAUAUCAACAAAGUUGUUGCUGCUAAAUUAGCUGGUGUGCUUUUACCAGCUUUCGAGAUGAGCGAUUCUACUUGUUUGGCAAAGUUUGUUAUUUCCGAUGUUCUAUCAAAUGUAUGUGCUCACCCUGGCUACAAGUUGCUAAAUAUAUUAAACAUCCCUGUUGUUCCAAAGACAUCCUUGAUGUAUACUUCUUACAACUGGGACAUGCUUGUGAAACAUUGCAGGCAAAUGUUGAUUGCCAAUGCCAACAUGGAAGAAGGUAUAAACUGGUCUGUCAAGCUACCAAAAGCAACUGCAACAACCAAUCAAGUGUCUGCCUUUAACAAAUCAUUAUCUAAUCAGAUCUUCCUUCGUGGAAAGGAUGCAAACAGUGUUGAACUCUCAUCUUUUCAAGAACCACAGCUCUACGCAAGCUGGGUGCCAUCUUAUGGAAGGUUUCACUCUGCCUGGCAAAGAAACUGCUUUAAUGAAAUAGAGCAGUCUGUGACCUUGUUAAGCAACUCACAAACUACACUGAAACCACUAAAUGCUGUUGUUGGUAAAGCUUGGAGUAUGUUUGCAUCAAGAGCUUACGUUCACCAGUAUGCCAAACAUGGCAUUCUUGAAGAUGAUUUUGUUGAUAGCUUUGUAGCUCUAGAACAAGUUAUUAAGAACUAUACUAGUUUGUAAAUAACUAUUUUGAGGACAAGUAAAUUUUCUUGUUCAA